UUAAUUUCAUUUGGUGUCCCUUAGUUCUUGUGUUUCAAAAUGAAAGGCACGUAUUUUCAAACACAGAGUCCUAAAGUUAGGCUCAUUAGUUCAUAUUUAUACAGGGCUUUGGGGUGGAGUCCGGAGCAGUGGAGCUGCAGGUUUUUGCCUGGAGCUUGCUCCGGAGCCAUAAAACAGCCCCAAAGCCCUAUAUUUAUAUACCUAAACAAGUUAUUUGAUUUUCAGAAAUGCCAACUCACUUAUUUAGAGUGGGAUUUUCAAAGAAGCCUAGGAGAGUUAGGCACCUAAUGCUCACUGACUUUCUGCAGGAUUUGGACACCUAACUCCAUGGGCUCCCUUUAAAAACGUAUCCUUAUUUUCUAAAUACAGACUCCAAGAACCUAAUUUAAAACACCUGUUUUUUGGAAAGCUUUGCCUGGUAGCUUCUAUCUUGCUUGAGGAAAUCCUACCUUAUUUCUUCUUUGUUGGUUGUUAGUGUGGUUGGUUGGUGGCUGUUAGUUUUUUUUUUUUAGUUUUUAUUUUUAAUUGUCUUUCUUUAUGCAUCAAUAAAUUGAACUGAUUAAUUUAGAAACAAAUCUAUGAGAGAAUGAGUGGACAUAAGAGAAGGGAGGCUGUUUCAGUCUAAUCAAUAAGUUUUUGGCUGCAGUGCCAACUAAGCUUUGCAAACUAAUUGAAUGAAAAAUUAUGUUGUACUAUUCAAGAAUUCUAAUAAUAUCUGUGGAUUAUCAUCAUAAAUGAGAAAAAUAAAUUCUUUGGAUUCUAUAGUUUUAAAAUAAAUUCUAAAGCUGAGUGAAAAAGAUACUCUGCAAAGUUUUAGUGCAAUUGUAAAAUAUUCUUUUAAGCAUUGAUUAAUACCUGUGAUAUUAGUAUGGGUCUGAGCUUGGCAAAAAUUUUUGGCUGAGUGAAACAAGUCCUGACAAAACCCGUUACUUUACUGCAAAUCAGUUAUGAAGUAUUAAACUACACUAAACAUUUGGCCUGCACAUGCGAGAGUGGCAACAUUUGUAUUGUCAUCACAUGUUCAUAUUCUUUCUCCUUGAGUGUACACACUUUUUGGGUGACAUUUUCAAAAGAGACAUAAUCCCAUCGAGUUUUUGUAAGUCCUGCUAGAUGCCUGUUGCAUCUUUAGGCACUUAAAUAUAUUUUUUAAGCUGGCCCAUUGGGUCCUAAAUCACAUGGAUAUUUUUGAACAUUUAAAUUCUUUUGGCUUGAAGAUGUCAUUUAUAUAUGGCCAGUGUUUAAAAAUGCUUAUGCUAUUCUGAAAUAGUGCUUUGCUGCACAUUUGUGUGUUUCACAAUUUCACUUCAGGAUCAAAAAUACUGGGGGUAACUUUGUACUCUGCGCUCAAAUGUUGGCGUAUACAUUCCAUUAGUGCAGUUUCACAACACAGCUAAAGAUUUCAAGAUUUUAAUGAGGCUACAGUAAAUGAAGAUUUUUAGCUCAAGAUGUAAUAAGUGAAUGAGCAGAAUCUUUGAGGAAGGGAGAAUACAAGAGAAGUAGUGUAAUUUAUGAAAAAAUAUGCAUUUACACUUAUUUAGAUAUCUAUUUUAAUAUUGCAAUAAAUCUGUCAUUUCAUGCACUUUAACAGGGUAAAAAAUAAAUUCCAUCAUUCGGGCUCAGAUUUUAUCUGUAUAUUUACAGUGUUGUUUUUCCAAAGAAGAAAAGUAUUGGUAUACUGCUGCAAGGCAGUUUUUAUGGCCUGAUUACCAGCAGCAAUGCAACAUACAGCUGCUACUGACAAAGAUUUUGAAGUUCAAUUUGAUACUCUUAUAGCAUCAAUAUAAAACAAAUUCAGAUAUGAAUUAGUGGCAAUUGCAUUUUGCCUGUUCUUAAAAUAACCAUACAAAUGUGAAAAGAUGUAGGGAUGCAUAUUCUUUUAUUUUUGAAUAGAUGCUACUCACGUAACUCUCAGGGAUUUCUUUUGUGUAUUGGUACACCGUGCUUUUUCGAAUGAGCGAAAAUUUACAGGGGUAAACUCCAAAAUAACUAUGGAAUCAAACUACUGAACGCCAGCCUCGUCAGUCAAUUCCAUCCGCCGCCGCUCCGCUUAAAGCUCCUUCGUGCUUUAACUCUUGCAUUUUGUUUUUCUGCUAUUUCUCCUUUUCAACCUGCCCUGCCCCUUCUCCCAAUUCCGACAUGGCUCUUCCCUUUCACGUUUCCUUCCACUCUUCUGGGAGUGAGUUUAGUCCUGCCACUCCCAGAAAAAGUUAGGAACUGGAGCAACUCUUCCUCUCUGGCAUGGGGAACGGGGAGGUCUUUUUGUAACCUGUCGAUGCUGCUACUUCAGGUGGCCACUGAAGAGCAACGUGAGGCACAAGGCCCAGGCUCAAACCAAGGAAUUGGGGGUUUUUCGUUUCUUUUUGGACACUCAUCACUAUUUUGAGCGGAGCGAAAAUGGUUUAUGAGUAGCUUAAUGUCUUUAACAAUAGCCGCACCUUUGUUGUGUUUGCAAGACCCUGGGCUUAAGGAUUUUGAGCGCACCACUUUCAGGGAACACCAGAGGGGCCACGCCACACUGGUACGUGCGCUGCAGGCAGAUGCCCAGCUGGCAGCGCGGUGGUUGAUUUAAGAGGCUAUAGUCACACCUUACAGUGUGGGGACAGGCCCUCGUUUAAAAAUAACACUCAAGGAGCGCGCUGCUGUCCUGCGCUCCCCGGGCCCUAACACAGUCCCUUCUAAGCACCCGGUGCCGGAGGCGCCUUGCGAGGCCAGACGGUCUCCCUUGCAGUCGCAGGCCGCGGGGUGGGGCUUCCCCUGGUGAGCUGUUUUGUCCAUAAGCUGCAGAGGAGCGGCCCGGUCCCUGCUGUGCCCCACUGGCUGCGCCGCCUGCUGGCCAAUGGAUGCUUCGAUGGGAGGACUAGCUGGCGAGAGCUCUGCGCUCACCGCCGGCGGGGGCAGCGAUUGCCGAGGCUUGCGCGACGCGCUCUGGUUUUCUCCCUGGCUAGGGCUGGGAUUUGUCUUGUGGGCGCAUCAGGCUCGUUCGGGCCCGAGGACGCUUCUGUUUGAAUGCCGUAAGGAAGCUUCCGGAGCUGGAAAGUCUCUCUCGAGGAAAGGGACAGAUGCGAGCCGAGCCUGCCAGCUGUUGGCGACCCACUUCUGGUCGUCGUACCUGCUGAAGGAGCGCGGGUGGCGGGCUGGCCAGCGGGGCCCGGGGCAGACACCUCGGGGCUCACGCUGCGAGUCGAGGCUGCCCUUUAAUCUUUAAAACUCUGCAGGGAGUGGCGCUUUCGUUUCCUCCGCGCUGUCAGAUUACAGUGACAAACGCAGCGGGCUGUUUGCGGGCUCGGUAACCUUGUGGGGGCUGUCCCCCUUUUCAGUGUUUGUAAGCGAUGAGCGUCAGAAAGGAAUCGCGCCCCUCUGUGGAGUUCGUCAAAGGUCGCCUUUAUUUUGCAAUUCUCUGCCAAAAACCAAAGAGUGGUGUUGCAAAUACACACUUUUUCUGCAUAGAUGAUGAACUUGUAUAUGAGAACUUCUACGCAGAUUUUGGACCUCUCAAUCUGGCAAUGGUUUACAGAUAUUGUUGCAAGCUAAAUAAGAAAUUAAAGUCAUUUACAUUGAUAAGGAAGAAAAUAAUUCAUUAUACUGGCUUUGAUCAGAAAAAACAAGCAAAUGCUGCAUUCCUCAUAGGCUCUUACGCAAUAAUAUACUUAAAAGAAUCACCCGAAGAUGUGUACAGGCUCUUAUUGGCAGGAAACACAUCUUAUCUUCCUUUCAGAGAUGCUUCAUUUGGUACUUGCAGUUUUCAUCUAACAUUGCUUGACUGCUUUCAUGCAAUAAAUAAAGCUUUGCGAUAUGGCUUCCUGGAUUUCAGUGCUUUUGAUGUAAAUGAAUAUGAGCAUUAUGAGAAAGCAGAAAAUGGAGAUUUUAACUGGAUAAUACCAAACAAAUUCAUUGCUUUCAGUGGACCUCAUUCAAGAAGUAAAACUGAAAAUGGUUAUCCGCACCAUGCUCCUGAGGCCUAUUUCCCAUAUUUCAGAAGGCACAAGGUUACUACCAUAAUACGUCUUAACAGAAAAAUGUAUGAUGCCAAACGAUUUGCAGAUGCUGGUUUUGAGCAUUAUGACCUCUUCUUUGCUGAUGGAAGCAUACCUAGUGAUACUAUAGUCAAAACUUUCCUAAAUAUUUGUGAAAAUGCUGAAGGUGUUAUAGCAGUUCAUUGCAAAGCUGGUCUUGGCCGAACUGGCACACUUAUAGCCUGUUAUAUUAUGAAGCAUUAUAGGAUGACAGCUGCUGAAACCAUUGCUUGGAUUAGAAUAAAUAGACCUGGCUCAGUAAUUGGACCACAGCAGCACUUCCUUGUAGAGAAACAGACAGAACUUUGGACAGAAGGAGAUAUUUUCCGUGCAAAAUUAAAGGGAAAUCGCAAAAUUGCUGUUACAAAAAUCCUCACAGGAGUAGAUGAUAUUUCAAUUAAUGAUGCAAAAAACCGGAGAGCCAACAGAAAAGAUGCUGAACUGUACAGUGAUGAAGAUGAUGCAAACUGUGUAACACAAGGUGAUAAGCUUCGUGCCCUGAAGAGUAAAAGGCAGGCAAAGGCUGCAACCACAGUUCCCCUAACAGUAAUUCUACAGUCCAGUGUUCAGAAAAGUAAAACGUCUGAACCUAGCAUUUCUGGCAGUGCAGACAUUAAUAAAAGAACUACCAGGUCUGCUGCAAGAAAAAGCAGUUUAAAAAGUCUGAUACCUCAGAAGGAGAAAAGGAAAAGGAAUGCUUUACAGCAAAUGCGCUUAAUGAAAUUAUGUGGUCACUCCAUACCAAGGACCAGGACAGUGCUGCGUUAAGUAAAAAGAAGUGACUGAAGAGGAUGCUGGGGUGGGAAGAAAUGGAAUAUUGCUGUGGAACUUAAAAAGUCUUUCCUUUCAAAGAAAUUAACUGCAAAAUGCAGCUAAGAUUUAGCAGAAAAACUCCUCCUAAUUUGUAGAAGAUGACCUGUUUAAGAUGCUUAACAAACAGUUCAGCUUUCUAAUUCUAAACGUUUUCUCAAAUGUUUAAAAAAAAAAAAAAAAAAAAAAAACCUUAUGAAUUUAGACUCAGGUGUAACUAUCUAAACUCUCUAUUAUAAAGAGAGUUUACAAGUGGGUGUGAUGCAUGUGUGUAAUUGUGAUGGCAAUCACUUAGCUGCUGGCCACCAUAAGAAGUGAAGGUGUGGUGGGAGCUUUUAAAUAUUUAAUUCACUGUUGUCCGUCCAAGCUGAUCUCACUCUCCAAUACAGAGCAAAUCUUGGGAAGGCAAGAUUUUAUUCUCAUAACAUUGUACUUUCCUGUUGAUUUGGAUAGCCUUCCUUAUUUUGUGUGAAUUUUUUUAUGAAGCUGUAAUGUUAAAUACCCAGACUAAUUACUGUAUGCCAAAGACUGCUUUAUUUCAAAGGGUUUUUUAAAAAAAAAUUAACUAAAAGCUGUUAACUAUUUUAUUAGUAAUAGCUUUUAGUUGCUCAAAUUGCUUGAAAACUUUGAUUUUCCUACCAGAGUUUAUAAUUUAAAGCAGCACCAUCAACUUAGAUUACAUGGCUAGUUGAAAACUUUUUACCUACUUGUGCUACAGGUAAUAUCUAAGGUUCUCAAUCUUUCAGACAUGGUAAUAGUUCCUAAAGUUUAUGCAUCAGACCAUCUUUAUGGUCAUUGUCAUAGUUUCCCUUGUUUAAUCAUUUUCUUCCAUACUAGGGGUUGGGGGAAAUAGAGGCACUUAAAAGAAAUGAGUUGUGAUUGUAAAACCACUGAAAUUGGCAGUGGGGAGCAGGUGUAGUCAGUCAUCUUUAAAAAAUAGUUAUUUCAAGGUGGCGGUGCUCCUUUAAACAUCCAGGUACUUUCGUUUACCAAAAAAAAAAAAAAAGCUCUAGAUACCUAAUUAUCUGUUAAAUGUCACUGUAAUUUUUUAAAGGUGACCUAGGAUUUGAAAUUUUAUUUAUUUCCUUUUCAGUACUCUCUUCUAAAUCAGAAAAGGUUUUCCCUCCAGCUUUAUCCUAUUAUAUUUGAACAGCUUAUUUCCCCCCCCAGUAUCUUUGUUUGCCAACAUCACAUUUGACAUUUGCACACCCCUCAGAAUAGAUCUGCUACUGCAUAACCAACAGUAAAAAGAGGUUUGUUUUUAUGAGUUCUGUAUAAAUACAUCAGGGGAGGAAGGUUGAAAUGUUACUCAGCAGAGCUUUUUUUGUCCUGAAGAAAGACCUACUGUCUUGCAGUGGGAGGGAAUGUUUCUACUAAAUUUAAACAGUGCUAGGCAAGGUUCAACACUUAUGUCUAAUUUAAUCCCCUUAUUAGAGCAUUAAAAAAUCAUCAUGGUAAUUGAAGGGUGUUCCCUAGAUAGCAUAAGUAACAAUAUGGUGGCUUGACUAGCUUUUGAUGCUAAAAGCAGAAGAGUAUUAGUCGAGGCUAUGGUUACUUGUUAAGUUAACAGAAGCACCUCCCAAGUUGUUCUGAAACAUUUAAUUAUGCAAACUUGAAUGUAAAGAAGAUAGAAGAAAAGGUUCUUCCAGUAUGGAAUCAAAACCUUAAACAGAUAUUUAAUAUCCUUUUGUAAGAAGAAACCCCUUUGAUUCAUCUGACUUUGCUCCUUUCUUUGUACAGUUGAGAGACUCUUGUCUCCAGGGAAAUGGUAAUCUUAGUGUUUAUAUUAUCUUUCAGAGCAAUUGGGAGUGAGGGGCUGAGCCACAUCAUUCUGGGGACAAGAGCCUUGCUAACCUUGUGAGGGGAGGAGGGACAAAAAACUAUUCCCUCUCUGCUAAUACAGCCCCACUGUGUUUUUAUUUGGGGUAGCAGAGUGCUGUUUACGCUGAUCAAGAAUUAGAGGCCCUAUUGUGCUAGACUGGUGAGUCCAACUGCCACUAGUGACCUAGAAGAGAGAAUCUGCAAGUAAUGAGUAAUUGAAAAUGUGCUCUCUGAACAAUCCUGUGGAUUUUUUUUUUUAACCAAAGUGUGUAUGUCAGCCCAGGCCCUGUGGGGGCUGCCUCCCCCAUACCUCUCCCUUCUGCAGCUGCAGUUCUUGGGUAAGCCUGGAAUGCUCUGAGCAGCUGCCUGCCUGAACAUAGGGGAGCACCUAGUAAAGGGUGACUUCCCUCUGCCCCAUCCUUUCCAGCAGCUGCCAGGGCAGCCCAAGAGAGUGGGGAGUUAAUAACAGAGACAACACUCAAACGCAUGAUUCUCUACCCCUAUCCUGGUCAGAGCCAGCCUAGCAGUUGCUCUUAACUUGUGCCAGCUGACAGUCCCAAUGGGACUGUCUGCCUGUUGUGGAUAGCUGACGCAUAACACAUUCCACACUCUCACUCUCCCCUCCUCCCCAUCUUGGGCUACCUAUGCCCUGCUACACUGGCUCCAUGCACUCCAGGUGGGUAGAAUCCCCGGCAGGGACAUUGUGAGGGAUUCCACUCCUUUUAUUACGUGAGUGAUGCAAGGCAAGAGAUUUUGCCUCCACUGUAACAACUGGAGCUCCUGGAUCUUUUUCAAAAAAUAAAAUGUUUGCCUCUAAAGCUGAAAGGGACACCACGGUGCUAGGUGCUGUACAGGUAAA